AUGGCCAUUUCAAAGCUAAUUUCAAUAUGUUUCUUACUUCAAUUGUUCUUACUAGCUUUCUCUUUUGAUCUAGCAAAUGCACAGGGCUUGAAAGUCGGGUUUUACAAGAAAACAUGCCCUAAUGUUGAGGCCAUAGUUAAGAAGACCAUGGAUCAAGUCAUGUCAGUAGCGCCAAGUCUUUCUGGCCCGUUGUUAAGAAUGCAUUUCCAUGAUUGUUUCGUUAGGGGCUGUGAAGGCUCAGUGCUGUUGAAUUCCCCAACUAAACAAGCUGAAAAAGAUGCAAUUCCAAAUCUAAGCCUUAGAGGCUUUCAAAUUAUAGAUAAAGUGAAGUCUGCAUUAGAGAAAGCAUGUCCUGGAGUUGUUUCAUGUGCUGACAUACUAGCCCUAGUAGCUAGGGAUGUAACGGUCGCGAUGAAAGGGCUAUCCUGGGAGGUUGAAACUGGGCGAAGAGAUGGAAGAGUAUCAAAUAUGAUUGAGGCCUUGACAAAUUUAUUACCGCCUUUCGCAAACGUAAGCACAUUGAAAUCAGGAUUUCAACAAAGAGGUCUAAGUACAAAAGACCUAGUAGUGCUAUCAGGUGGACACACGAUUGGGAUUUCUCAUUGUUCUUCGUUCAAUGACCGCCUUUACAACUUCACUGGAAAGGGUGAUACUGAUCCGACUUUGGAUCCCAACUACAUAGCAAAGUUGAAAAUGAAAUGCAAGCCAGGAGAUCAGAUCUCAAUUGUAGAGAUGGAUCCAGGAAGCUUCAAGACAUUUGAUGAAAAAUACUUCACACUAGUGGCGAAAAGAAGGGGACUUUUUGGCUCAGAUGCAGCUCUACUUGACGACGAAGAGACGAAAGCUUAUGUCAAACUUCAAGCUACAACCCAUGGAUCUACUUUCUUCAAGGACUUUGGUGUAUCUAUGGUUAAAAUGGGUAGGGUUGGAGUUCUUACGGGCGAGGCCGGUGAAAUCAGGAAAGUUUGCACUAUGGUUAACUGAAAAUCAGCCGGUGCACCAAUGGGCACUAGUCUCUCCAAAUGGGGAGGUUGAGCGAGCUUGGGUAAAAUAUAGCAAGUGUGUGUGCGUUUGUUUGAACUUUUUAAAAGGUAAAAGAAUAAUUAGAAAAAUUUGUCAGUACAGUUUUCAUGAUUGGGUUUUUGCAAUGAUCCUCCAUAUAUUGAUUGAUAAUACCUUUUUUUGUGUUUUUUUUUUUUUUUUUUUUUUGUUUUGAAAGGUUCCAUUAAUAAUACUUCACAGUAAUGUACUUGAUUCAUUUGUUUUCUUAAUAAAAGAUGAGAAUACGUGGAUGCAUGCAUUUGUGUAGUUUACAUUGUCCAAGCUAUCAAAUUAUUCUCUAUGCAAUGUACAUAAAUUAAUGGAGGCUUAGUCACUGAAUGGA